UUAUAAUGUAGAUUUAGCCUAUACUCCAAUGAUUUUAGCAAAAGAAUUUAAAAAUUCGUGCUUCGCUCGUGACUUCGAUUUUAGCACUUCCCCUACCGAUAAUCCACUAAUCAUACAAUUCGCGAGUAAUAAUCCGGUGGAACUUACUAAAGAUGUAGAGCUUGUGGUCGGAUACGUCGAUGGAAUCGGUGCUCAUUUGAUGGAUCGACCCGAGCUAGUAAAGGAUAUGAUCCGAAUGGUUAAAG